AUUUAAGACAAUGUUUUGUUGCUAUUAUUGUUUCAGGUGUUGAGGAGGUAUGGACUGCAACUGCGUCAGUGAUCUGCUGCUCCCCCCGGUGCCCGCUCUCUGGACCCCAGGGUUCGCCUUCCCAGACUGGGCCUACAAGCCUGAGUCGAGCCCUGGAUCCAGGCAAAUCCAGCUGUGGCACUUCAUCCUGGAGCUGUUGCAGAAGGAGGAGUAUCAGGGCGUGAUCGCCUGGCAGGGAGACUACGGGGAGUUUGUCAUCAAGGACCCAGAUGAGGUGGCCCGGCUGUGGGGAAUAAGGAAGUGCAAGCCCCACAUGAACUAUGACAAGUUGAGCCGGGCGCUGAGGUAUUACUACAACAAGCGCAUUUUGCAUAAAACCAAAGGGAAGCGGUUCACCUACAAGUUUAACUUCAGUAAAGUGGUGCUGGUGAACUACCCCAUCCUGGACAUGGCCAACUCGCCCUUCUUUCUGGCCCAGAACCACUUUAAUGGGGGCUCAGCUGCUCCAGACUGCAGCCCAGAGGUACGAACGGCUAUACAGUCCCUGUUUCCUCGUUUGCCAGACACCGGCAGGGGAACAUCCCUGUUUGAUCGGGGAUCCACAGCGCCGGGACCUGAUGGAGACAAACUGAGACUGGACACAUUUCCUUUCCUCGGUUCAGGUGCCCCGUGCUAUUCCAAACCCCCGUCCCUGCUAGGUCCAUACCCUCGCAACCCACCCUUUGACUACCCCUGGAGUUUCAACCCGUACCUCCCAGGGGCCUUCUCUCUCAAUAACUGCCCCAAACUGCCCCCUGGCUCCCUCUACCCCUCCCAGUUUUACCCCAGCCCUUUGCAGAGCAGCCUUUCCCAGCUGCCUCACCCGUUCUCCUCACUGCUUCCCCCAGGGGAAGCUGCCGGAGGUGAAAGGGGAGCACCAGGGCAGACUGGCGGGACAAACAGCACAGCGGGUGGUCAGUCAGCUCGGCUCUGCCUGCCGCCCUACCCAGGCAGCCUGUCAAUGGGUCGGACUGACAUCGCCAACGGGGUGACAUUGGGGGAGAGGGUGGAGGCAAACCCUUCAAGCACAGGCUUGGGCCUGAGUUUGGGGGCCGUCAGCCUUGGAGCCGGGACAGGCCAGCAGAGCCCCACAGAGAGGAGGGGUGGGGUGAAGCAGGACCCGGAAUCAGACUCAGACCUGGAGAUAACGGAUCUGAGCGACUGCAGCUCGGACAACGAGAACGAGCAUGACUUUGGCAUCGGGAAAGAGUCCAGCCUAGGGAGCCGGUCGUCGCUUGUGUUGGAUGGAAAGAAAGGGAGCCUCUUGCCUCCCAUCGCCUCUCUCCCCCCACCAGUGUCCCCUCAUCCACUGAAGAGCCUGGUGCCCCUGACUCCUCCACCUCCUUCCCUGCCUCCAUCGCUCUCCCCCUCCAUGGCUCUGCACGACAGACACAGGGAGGCAGAGACUCUGAAAAUGAUCCACAGCUAAGACAUUUUCUGACCCUACUGACAGGUCUACGCUCUGAUAACUCUCUUCUUCUUUCCUGCUUUAAACUAUCAAAUCUUCAGUCAUGGUUGAAUAUUAUUUUUUCCAUGUCAAAUACUUAAGUUCCCUACUUCUGAAACUGUUUGCUGUGUAGGUUUUUUAUUUAUUUCACCCUGAUGUCUCCUCCAGAUUAGAAUACAUUAUUCUUAGCUGCUAAGGUGCCGAUUUUUUCAUUUAGUCUUUUCUGUUUUGAUUUUUCACACUAAAUGUGUGCAAGAACUCUUCAAUUUGCUGUCUGUAGUUGAGCUUCAAGCUGAGGGCAACAAGGUGGCAAAUUGCAGAUCAGUUCAGGCAGUAAAAAUAUGAACAUACUCCAACGAAUCAGAAUAAUCAAAACAAAUUUUCAAUUUCACAUAUAGGCAUUUUAAUUCUUGGGAUUUAAGCUUGUAAAGCAUAUUUAUAAUUUUUUGAGACAUUGUCAAAUAUUGCCACCUAGUGGUUCUCUCAGGCAAUAUUCUCUACAGCCUUUACCUUAGUACAGUGACUUUGCAAAAGUAUUCAGACCACUUGAACUAGUUUACAUCCUGUCCUGCUACAAACACAAACUUUAGUAUAUGUUGUAUUAUUUCGUGACAGACUGUAGUAGUGCAAUGUUUUUACAAAUCAAAAACUAGAAAGUGUCAUGUGCAUGUGUAACAAGCCCCCCGGUCGCCGCUUCAGCACCAGGUAUCAAGCUCUUUUUAUAGUUCUAGAACCACCGCUUGAUGCGAUUACAGAUUUGAUCUUCUUUACAACAUAAUAUAAGUAUCAACUAAAUCAUUCUCCUGUACCUUUGACUGUGUGGUUAGAGUUGCUCUGCCACUAGAAGGUGAAUCUCUAGCCCAGUUUUAGGUUUUUUUGCAGCUUCUGACAGGUGUGCUCUUCAAUUUUUUUUUCAUCAGUCUCUCCAUUCAGCUCUGACCCUAUCCCUGCUGAAGAAAAGCGUCCCAACAUCAUGAUGCUGCCCCCACCAUGCCUCAUAGUAGGCAUGUUGUGUUUAGGGUGGCAGUUUUCUGCCACACAUAGCGCUUUGCAUCUAGGUAAAAUAAAAAUAUUUUGGUCUCAUCUGAAAAGAACACACUCUUGAACAUGUUUGAUUUGUCCCCUGCAUGUCUUGUGGCAAAAUGUAGAGGGUACUUCUGAAGACUUUUUAGCAUCAAUGGCUUUCUUUUGCAAUGUUUCCAUAAAGACUAGGUUUAGGGAGUAAAAAAUUAAUAGCUGUCAUGUCAACACACCCUCCUAUUUGAGCUGUGGAUCUCUGCAGCUCUUCCAGAGUUAACAAAGGCCUUCUGGUUGUUUCUCUGAUUAAUGAUAUCAGUUUAGCUGAACUAACAUGUCUUUGUAGGUUUAUAGUUGUGCAACACUCUUUCAGUUUCCGGAUGAUGGAUAAAACAGUGCUCAGUGAAAUGAUCAAAAUGUUGGAUAUUGCUUAUUAACCUAUCCCUACUUUAAAGCUCCUUAUAUCUUUAUCUUUGAACUGUCUGCUGUGUUCCUAGGUCUUCAUGAUGCUGUUUGUUAGUUAACUUUCUGUAACAAACCUUUGAGGACAUAAUGCUAAUUAGAUCACUUUUGAAGGUAAUUCGUUGUUAUAGAGUAAAGUGGGCUGAACACAAAUGCAUGCCACAUUUUCUGCAAAUCAUGUAUUAUUUAUAUAUUUUUAUUUAUUUAUAUCUUUUUUACUUAUUCACUACUUUCUGUUAGUUUAUCAAAUAUGUUCCAAUUGAACAAGUGAAGUCUUGUGGUUGUUACAAGACUAAAUGCAAAAAAAAGUGAAAACGGUUUUAACACAAUGUUGCAAAAGUACAUGUAUAAACUGUUUCUCAAAGCAAAAUUUUCCUUUUUUUGUAAGCACCGCUUCAUGUGUUUUUAUUCAAAUACAAAAAAUACAUUAUUUAUUCAGUUUUAACUGUAUCACUCUGUGAAUACUUAAUUGUUGUUGCACUUUUUACAAACAGGAAUGAAAAAGAGAGCUGAGUGAGCUGGAUCAAUUUAGAAUUUGUAUGAAUAUUUCUGUGUAUAUAUUUUAAUAUGGUGUACAUGACAUUUAAUUAUGAUUCCUCUAUGAUAAGAUUUACCUGUAUUGUUGUGAUUUACUUCAGUAUUUAAACAUGUUGCUAAAUUAUAAUUGUCGGUGUAUCAAGGUUUAAAAUAUUAAUGGAAGAAGAUCUGAAAGUGAAGAAAGAGCUCUAUCUAACGCUUCUUGGUUUCUGAUUUCUAUCUGCCUCAGUUAAUUGUGCCCGUUGCUCAUUUUUACUACAUACCCAGUGAAAAAAAUACCCUUUGGGUAAACAGAAAAGAAAAACAUACUUGUAGACUUAUUUUUCUAGGAGCAUUAAGCCAGUGUAAAACUACUGUAAUUAGUCAAAUAUUAAUCUUAUUGGUCUUUGCAUUUUUUUUUAAAUCCUCCUCGAAAAUCUGCUAUGAUCAUUUUUCAAUCACUGUUUUAUAACAGCACUUAUCCCUGCAGAAACAAACUGUUAAACAUCGCAAAAAACAUUUAUUUCCCUAACAAUGUUGUACAGUUUCUUUAUUUUGGCAGCUUUUGGUUUGCUAGGCAGUGUCACUUUUAAGGAUCUGUUGUGAAAGCUCUAUUGUAAACUUACUGUUAAGCUUCAUGUUUUGUUGAGUUGUUCCAGGAAAGGUCCCAAGUUACCCUUGUGUGAAAUACCAAUCUGUAAAUAUCGUUUCCUUUCUGUGUGUAUGUGUGUGUGCACAUCCCAAAAUGAAAAUGCAGUGAGUCUACCGAUCAUUUUACUUUAUUUUACUGUAAAGAAAAAAAUGAAUUUGCAGAAAGAAGAAAAAGAUUAAUAUCUUC